GCGCAGAGGCACAUCCAGUCCGUAGGUUGUCUACGUGUUUGAUGUCUGUGCGACGAGCAGUGGCAGCCACGAGGAAAACAGCAGUGUGUAGUUAAAGUUUUAAAGUAACAAAUAAGUGACUUCGCGCCGUUUUCACGWCCUGAUCUUUGCUAAAUGAGUCCGACACACGUCUGCCGUCAGAACUCUUCAGGAGCAGGCUUAUCGCCUGAACAGGACAUCAGCAGAGCUGGCGAGAAAAGCAGCUGAUGAUGUCACCAAACAGUCUGGUUGUAAACGUUAUGUGGCCGGGGCGUUGGGUCCCACCAACAAAACCCUGUCUGUCUCUCCUUCUGUGGAGAGGCCGGAUUUCAGGAACAUAACAUUUGAUGAACUAGUAGAAGCCUAYUCAGAACAAGCGCGGGGUUUAUUGGAUGGAGGAGCAGACAUCCUUCUGGUAGAAACAAUCUUUGACACUGCCAAUGCAAAGGCUGCCCUGUUUGCCAUUGACCUGCUUUUUGAGAAGAUCUACAAAAGAAGGCCUAUAUUUAUCUCAGGGACGAUUAUUGACCGGAGUGGACGAACACUGUCUGGUCAGACUGGGGAAGCAUUUGUAGUGAGUGUGUCCCAUGCAAAGCCACUAUGUAUUGGUCUGAACUGUGCCUUGGGUGCUAGAGAGAUGAGACCAUUUAUUGAGAUCAUUGGAAAAAGCACCACAGCUUUUGUAAUUUGUUAUCCCAAUGCAGGUCUUCCCAACACAUUCGGAGGCUAUGAUGAAACUCCUSAAGUCACAGCUUCCAGUUUAAAGGAGUUUGUCAUGGAUGGGCUGGUGAACAUUGUGGGAGGAUGUUGUGGUACCACUCCAUCACACAUCAGAGCCAUAUCUGAAGCYGUCAGACACUGCCAGCCAAGAGUUCCUGCAGCUGUUACUUACCAGGAUUACUUGCUGCUCUCAGGUUUGGAGCCAUUCAGAAUCGGCCAGUUCACAAACUUUAUAAACAUUGGAGAGCGCUGCAAUGUGGCUGGGUCACGCAAGUUCGCCAAACUGAUCAUGGCUGGACAAUAUGAGGAGGCUCUGAGCAUUGCCAAAGCCCAGGUGGAGAUGGGAGCUCAGAUCUUGGACAUAAACAUGGAUGAGGGCAUGCUGGAUGGACCGACAGCUAUGGCCAGAUUUUGUAACUUGAUUGCCUCWGAGCCAGAUAUUUCACGGGUUCCCCUGUGCAUAGACUCCUCUAACUUCUCAGUGAUUCAGGCAGGACUGAAAUGCUGCCAAGGGAAGUGCAUUGUUAACAGCAUCAGUCUGAAGGAAGGAGAGGAGGAGUUCCUGCUCAGAGCAGCUACAGUGAAACGCUACGGAGCUGCUGUGGUGGUCAUGGCCUUCGAUGAGGAGGGACAGGCGACAGAUACGGACCGUAAGGUGGAGAUCUGCACUCGAGCCUACAAGCUGCUGGUUCACAAGGUUGGAUUUGAUCCCAAUGACAUCAUCUUUGACCCCAACAUCCUAACCAUUGGUACCGGCAUGGAGGAGCACAACCACUAUGCUGUCAACUUCAUCAAGGCCACCAGAAUUAUCAAGGAGACUUUACCAGGAGCCAGGGUGAGUGGAGGUCUGUCCAACUUGUCUUUUUCCUUCAGAGGGAUGGACACCAUCAGAGAAGCUAUGCACGGAGCAUUUCUGUAUCACGCCAUUAAGGAUGGAAUGGACAUGGGGAUUGUAAAUGCUGGGAACCUGCCAGUGUAUGACGACAUCGAUAAGGAGCUGCUGUUACUCUGUGAAAACCUCAUCUGGAACAGAGACCCAAACGCUACAGAGAAACUACUGGCCUACGCACAGAACAAUGUUAAAGGAGGGAAGAAGGAGGUUCAGACGGAUGAAUGGAGACAAAAAGAUGUAGAAGAGCGGUUGGAGUAUGCCCUUAUCAAGGGAGUAGAAAAAUAUGUGGUGGAGGAUGUUGAAGAGUGUCGGACUCGGGUGGACCGCUACAAGCGACCCCUUCAUAUCAUUGAAGGCCCACUGAUGAAUGGGAUGAAGGUGGUGGGAGAUUUGUUUGGAGCUGGGAAGAUGUUCCUGCCACAGGAUCCUUAUCAAGGCACCAUUGUCCUGGCGACAGUCAAAGGGGAUGUUCAUGAUAUUGGCAAGAACAUAGUUGGUGUCGUGUUGGGUUGUAAUAAUUUCAGGGUGGUUGACUUGGGUGUGAUGGUCCAGUGUGAUCAGAUACUCAGAGAGGCUGUAACACACAAAGCUGGCCACCACAUCAAAGACACACACUGCAGUGAAGAUUGCACCCUGCUACAGUUCUCCUGUUCUCCAUGUUCUUGAUGCAUCCAGGAGUGUGGUGGUGUGCUCACAACUGCUGGAUGAAGCAACAAGAGAGGAAUACUUGGAAGACGUGAAGGAGGAGUAUGAUGUGGUCAGACAGGAGCACUAUGAUUCUCUGAAGGAUCGUCGGUAUCUGUCUCUGUUGGGAGCAAGGCAGAAGGCUUUACAAAUCGACUGGUUUUCUCCUCCUAAACCAGUGCAUCCUCAGUUUCUGGGCACCCGUGUCUUUGACUGCUACGACCUGUGUGGAGGCUCGCAAAGUCUUUGAUGACGCCCAGUUGAUGCUCAGCCGUGUGAUUGACAGCAGCAGUCUGAAGGGGAGUGGAUUAGUGGGCUUCUGGCGUGCUCAGAGUGAUGGUGAUGACAUCAACAUCUACAAAGAUGAUGUUCCAGUUGGCAAAGACACAAAGCCCGUUGCCAAGUUUUAUGGUUUACGGCAGCAGGCUGAGAAGGAUGGCUCCACUUCAGAACCCUACCUGUGUAUUUCUGAUUUUGUGGCUCCUGUAGACAGUGGAGUGGCGGACUAUGUUGGGAUGUUUGCUGUUGGAGUGUUUGGAGCUGAGGAUUUGAGUCAGCGGUUCCUGGCUGAAGGAGACGACUACAGCAGCAUCAUGGUGAAAGCUCUGGCUGACCGCCUGGCUGAGGUAUUGUUCUGACAGAGUCUCUGGCCAUGACACCUGCUGCCUCGGUCUGUGGACUUUACUUCUCUCAUCCCCAGGCUUCAUACUUCCCCGUGGGRAAGAUUACCAAGGAACAGGUAGAGGACUAUGCCCAGAGGAAAGGAAUGAGUGUGGAGGAGGUGGAGAGGUGGCUGGCUUCCAUCCUUGGCUAUGACACUAAAUCCUGUGUCUGAUGGACCUACAUCACWACAUUUUAGAACAAAUCUUAGAUGACUGCUGACAGGCUCUGACAAACAGGCCACAGUUGAAUUCUAAGCACGCACAAAUACACAGUGUGGAAGGAAAACAAAAUCUGUUAAACACAAAUAUCUCCAGUUCAAGUCAGAUGAAAUCACUUAUCUGAUUAGUGCUACAAUCAAAAAAUACUGUUUAAUCAAUUUUAAAAAACAGUAUCAUUUCAGAUGAUUUUCAUUUUUAUUGUUUAACUUUUAGCUGUUUCUUAGAGGAAGAUUUGACGUUAAAACUCAUGUUUCUAUGAAAGAUACAUGUAUGUUGGUGUGAUGAAACUUUGUGUCUUUAUGGGUUGAUUGAUGAAAUGUUGUUUUUGUUCUUUUUUGUGCUGCAUACCUCCACAUCC